UAACAAUUCUCAGCUGAUAAAGCAGUUCACAAUUUUGUCAAAGGAAGAAACCCCACUCCUCCUAUCCAUCAUACAACAGAGACAAAAAAGAAUGGGAAAAAGCUUCAAGGUUCGGUUGUCCAGAGUUAUUGCUUCCUUCAACUCCUGCCGUUCCAAGGACACUUCUUCUCUUCCCCAAGUCCCUAAUUUCUUCCCACAUACUAAUAAGCUCAGUACUACAAAACUCAUCUCCCCCGAUUUCCCUCUUAUUAAUCAAAAUAAAAAUCCCCCUAAGUCCUCCUUCAAACGCCACGUGUCAUCGGAGCCCAUGAUGAUCUCAGUUGGGUGUGGGUUUAAGUCGUCACGGUCACAAGAUCAAUUCAAGUGGGAGAAAGAAGAUAAGUUUCACGUGGUUUCCAGCUGCUUAGUCUCUGAAGAAGAAGAAGAAGAAGAAGAGGAGAAUAAUAAUUUGUCCUUACGAGCCCCUACUACUCCUCCACGAUUCAGUACUGAGAAGAAGAAGAAGAAGAAAGGGAGAGUUAAGAAGACGAAAAUAAAAAGCAGACUCCAAAUAAGCACCUCCUCAGCUGACGAGUACAGUGGGGUUUUAAGCGGUACUGAUCAAGGAACUUGGGAUAAUUAUAACGAAGAGGAGGAAACUGAAACUUUAGUUUCAUCUUCCAGAAGCUUUGAUUUCUCAAGUGAUGACUCAUCAACAGAUUUUAACCCUCAGUUGGAAACCAUAUGUGAGACCACUACUAUGAGGCGUCGUCAUCAUAAGAGGAAUGGCAGCAGCAAGAGGAGAGUUAAGCAUUCAAGACCAAGUUUCUCCUCUUCAAUGGGUCGAAGGUCGUCAGUUUCAACAUCAUCGGACAGUGAGUUACCAGCAAGGUUGUCAGUGUUCAAGAAGCUGAUACCGUGUAGCGUGGAUGGGAAAGUGAAGGAGAGCUUCGCGAUCGUGAAGAAAUCACAGGACCCGUACGAGGAUUUCAAGAGGUCAAUGAUGGAAAUGAUUUUGGAGAAGCAAAUGUUUGAGAAGAGUGAGUUAGAGCAGCUUUUACAAUGUUUUCUGUCGUUGAACGGAAAGCAUUAUCAUGGAGUGAUUGUUGAGGCUUUCUCUGAGAUUUGGGAGACUUUGUUUUUAGAGGGGGUAUAGCUUAGCAUGAGAAAAGAACAAACCUUGCAACUUUUUAGAGUCUACGACACGCCUAUAUCUGUGGAAUGAUAUGAAGUUACCUUCUGCUGUUUUUUUGUGAAUAGUCAAACUUUUUCCAAGCCCGACUCAGAUCUUAGUUUAAUUUUUGUCGGAGAAGAAACUUUUAAGUGACAAUUGGAAAUUGAUUCGCUGCUUCUGACUGGUCAUAUUGAUGGAUGGAUCAUGGAUGUAACCCAACAAAGAAACUGCAAAUUUGUUUUUGAUCAUAACAAUCACACAAGAACCCUAAUUUGAGUACAGCAUUGAAGAAGAACAAGACUAAUGUAGAGAUAGAAUUCUGUGUAAUUUCAAUAUCAUGAUCUGAUGAGA